CAGGGGUCCAGAGAGAGGCUGGGGCAGAGGCGGCCGGAGCGGCUGAGGGAGCGCGAGCGGCGCAGGGGGGGCCCUGUCGGCGACAGCGGCGACAGCGGCGACAGGAGCGGCGACAGCGACAGCGGCGGGUCCCAGCGCCUCGCGGCCCGGCGCUUCCCUGCUCCUCUCGGCGCCGGGCGGCCCCGGCCCGCGGCGGCGGCGCUGACAGCCCGCCCGGAGCCCCGGGGGCGGCCGCGGCCACCAUGUCGUCCCCCAGCCCGGGCAAGAGGCGGAUGGACACCGACGUGGUCAAGCUGAUCGAGAGCAAACACGAGGUCACCAUCUUGGGAGGACUCAACGAAUUUGUCGUCAAGUUUUACGGACCACAAGGAACACCGUAUGAAGGUGGAGUAUGGAAAGUUAGAGUCGACCUUCCUGACAAAUACCCCUUCAAAUCCCCGUCUAUAGGAUUCAUGAAUAAAAUCUUCCAUCCCAACAUCGACGAAGCGUCAGGAACUGUAUGUCUAGAUGUAAUCAAUCAAACUUGGACAGCUCUCUACGAUCUCACCAAUAUAUUUGAGUCGUUCCUGCCCCAGCUGCUGGCUUAUCCCAAUCCUAUAGAUCCUCUAAAUGGCGACGCCGCAGCCAUGUACCUCCACCGACCAGAAGAGUACAAACAGAAAAUUAAAGAAUACAUCCAGAAAUAUGCAACAGAAGAAGCACUAAAAGAACAGGAAGAAGGCACCGGGGACAGCUCCUCCGAGAGCUCCAUGUCCGAUUUCUCGGAAGAUGAGGCUCAGGAUAUGGAAUUGUAGUAGAGGAGCCCUCCUGCUUUUCAGAGACACUCUAAUUUCCUAACCAUGAGAAGCAGACUAUAAUAUUCAUAUUUAAACAAAGCAAUUUUUUUUAUUACUAAAACAAGGUUUUUAUGAAUUAUAGCAUUGAUAUAUAUAUAGAUAUAUAUAUAUAUAUCACCCUUUAGAUCUUGAUUUUUUUUUUGUUUGUUUUUUCUCGGUCAUUUCCCCAUUCCCGAGGUGCGUUAGAAUAUUCCCAACAUUCCAUUCUGGUAGCAAUAUGCAACCUGGAUGCAUGCAUUGAGAUAUUUUUAUUUUUAUUUUUUUUUUUUUCCAUUUUUGGCUACCAAACAGCUGCCCUGGGAGGGAGGGAA